AUGGUGAAGCAGAUAUUUCUCUUCUUCCUUCUAUUAUUUAUUCCUCACAACCUCAACCUCACAAAUGCCAUCCCAUCGAACGUCACGUUGCUCACACUUGGCGACUUGUGGGAGACACGUGGCAUGAUUCGGACUCAUUUGUUUCCGACGAAGACGUCCACGGUGUACCCGGAAUUUGCGGCGAUUCCGAGUCAUCAGGGCGAUGGAAGGAUGCAUUUGACACGAGCGGCGUUGGAUAAAGCGAUUGAGAAUGUGGCGGAAAUGAACGGAGUGUUGAUUCAUUCCGUUUGUUCGUACAGACAUCUCAACGUAACAUUCUACACAUUGAACACAAUGUUCGGUAUCGGGAGAAGCGAGGUUUUGAUAGAUGCGAACAUGACGGAAAUGGAACGAAAAAUGUCUGAGAUGACGGAUCGAAGGAUUAAAGUCAACUUUAUUUGUGUGGGCGCGAAUAAUGAUACUUACAGCGCUGUCUGGCAUCACUCGCCCGAUUUUGUCUGGCACUUUAUAGUGGAUUCGGGACCGAUUCGAGAGAUUAUUGAGAAGGAUCGAUUGCAGAUGACACGUGGAUAUUAUGCGGAUUGUUUUCAGACAUAUCGAAAUGAUAAUAUCAGUCGUGCAAUCAUAAUCUGGAGGAAGGGAUUCGGGAAAAAGUAUCGAAUUCAAUACGGCACUGAGGUGAAUGAAAUGUUGACGGAUAUGCAGAGAACCGACUUGGAGCCGGUUCAAUUCGCGAGUCUCCCAAGAUGGAUAUUGUGGCAUGGCGACGAGUUUACGUGGGGGAAUCGCACGAUUCCGAGGGAUUUGAGCAAGAUGGAGCAUAAUUGGGAGGCGUUGAAUUUGGUGAUUGAGCAUAGGAUGAGAAGCUACGAUAUCCCCUCAAUCUCUAUCCACAUCCUUCGCGAUAACAAAAUGGAGUACUCCGCUUCCUACGGAUUCGCAGAUAUCCUUCAAGCGAUCCCCGUCAAAACCUCACAUCGCUACCGUAUUGCGUCGGUGAGCAAGUUGGUAACUGCUAUGACAAUCGGAGAGCUUCUCGCUGAUUACAACCACAUCGACCUACUCACCCCGGUCUUCGGCCCCGCCGGUAUCCUCCAUGAUGUCUGUUCUCCAUGCCACCCAUUCCUCCUUCACGUCCGCAUAAUCCACUUAUUAGAGCACUCCUCGGGGGCGUGGCCGCACACGAGCAAAUUCGAGUUCGAUAGAAUGGAACAGAAUCAGACAGAGUUUUUGAUGCGAGUGGUGCAGAAGGAGUUCCCGAUACUGUUCCCCGGUGGAAGGCAUAUGUAUUCGAAUAUCGGAUACAUUUUAUUAGGAAGAAUUAUUGAGAAAGUGUCUGGCAGGAGUUAUGAGGAGUACGCGUUGGAGAAAGUGCUGGAGCCGUUAGGGGUGAAUGCGACGAUAGGGAAGGAGGGGGACCCAUCGGAGGAGGUAACCUACUACUCUCACGACAAUGCGAAUGCCUACACCUCUUGGAGCACUCGCCGUCUAAACUCUGCGGCAGGUUGGGCGAUGACAGCGGAAGACGUCACAAAAGUAUUCCAUCAUCUCGAAGAGCACAAGCUCCGAAGAUUCAGAUGGAUCAUCACUCCAUCAGCAGUCCGAUGGAAUUACGGGCGGGGUGUGCAACUAGGAAAUGACGGGAGCCUUUAUCACAUUGGAUCUCUGGCAGGAACCGAGGCAAUCGGCUACACGUGGCAGAAUGUUCAAGUGGCCAUACUCACUAACAUUCGGGGAAAAGAGCAGAACGAGCAGACUGGAUGGAUGGAGAAGUUGUGUAGGAGUAUAGCGGAUGGACGGUUUACAAGAUGA